CUAGUUGCCAAUCACAAGUUGCAACGUGCACUCGAUAACCUGGAAGGUUUGGUUGUCGCCCGAAUUUUUGAGCUCUCAAAGAUGAAUCGAGCGGGAACAGUGCGUUCAGCCACAAUCCACACAGCUCUCGACAAGUACAAUACAGCAGCAUGCGCUGUUUCUCCCCCACGAGCUACUCUGUCAUGGGAAGAUGUUGUCAAGUAUGCCUUUGUUGCAGACUUCGACCUUCUGCGAGAUGCACACCAAGACAUUUCACACUGCCCUUGGGCCACUCCUACAGGUCAACAUAUGAUGGAUACGUACUUCAAGAUGCGUCGGGCUAGCGAGAAAAUACAGCACCUCAAUGUCGAGAUCUGUCGCAUGGCCACCUACUUGCGUGAUGAAGAACUUUACUUGACUGAGUGCCAGAAGCAGCUUCAGUCGAUGCAUCCUGCCCUCACCCAUCAAGUUGGAGUACACUGGAACAUACACGCUAGAUUUACAUCAUACCACCUCCGCCGCCUGCACGAAAUCAACACAUUGCCAGGCUUUACAGGA